CGUCUUCCGGCAGCUCUUCCCAGCUUCGGCGUCCCUUUUGCCAAUGCAACCCCCCGAAGCGGACACACUGCCUGUUUCAACCCCUGGAUCAGAAAAGCUUCAUUCCCCUUAGCUCCCUUUUCUACGUCGCUUUGUUUCGUGCCAUUCGCAACAAGCUUAACGGCUUGACAACGAGACGCUAACAACCGGCCCUUCCAAGAAGGUCUAGAUUCAGCGCCUGGACCGGCGCUUCUAGAUGUCUUGGGAGAUGCGGUGUCUUCUGUUGACUUGAUACUCGCAUCCCCAGCAGCACAUCCCAAAGAGCAACCCCGGGCUUACUUACCCCGUGUUUGCCAUGAAGCCCUCGUCUCAAAUCUGUUCACAGAUCUCCUUGCGUACCGCUUGCCCCCUUCUGAAACACACGGUUCGUCCAUCAACCAUCGUGGAUCCUGAUCUGCCACCAAAGAAAAUACAAAUAUCAAUGCCGUUGCUCCCCUCCCCGAUCCCGUGUCUUGCCCCUUUCCUCUCUCCAUCCCGCUAGCUUGUUCAAUCUUUUGGCCGUGUUUUAUUUUCCGUCUUCUUCUUCUUCUUCAAGUCUGCAUAUUUUUAUCUGCUCGUCGCCGGUCGACAUUAUCUUACUUCCUUUCGUCUCUCUCGACAUCAACAUACUCAACAAAAACCAGUCAACAUGAAGUUCAUCGCUGCCGUCCUUGCUCUGGCCACUGUUGCCUUUGCCUACCCCACCGUCAACAUGAAUGCCCCGGUCAAGCGUCAAAACAUUGUCACCGCCGACGUCUCGGCCCCGGCCAUGACCGAUGCCUCUGGCAACGUCGUUCCGUUUGACGCCACCAGAGUUGACCAGGCCCGCCGCAAGCUCUAAGAAGCUUCCACAAGCACACAGUAACAGCACAUUGUGGGCCUGCCAAACACCAAACAUGACGGCCCAGCACAGCACAUAUAAUGAACGGCUCUACUUUACGACUCUUUGAUUGGGGGAAAACAAUGGGAAACGGAACUUUGUCGGAAAGGAAGGGGAUAGGAGGGGGGAACAGCUACAACAUCUCUAUCCUUCAGCGCCGGAUAACAGGAACCUCUCUGGGCAGAUUUAUUUUUUUGGCUUGCUUGCUUUUUGGGGUGGAUGUUUUGGAGGAAAAUAAAACACAUUUUUCUCUUGGCCUUUUUUUUUGGCGGGGACAUCACUUC